CACACGGAGAAUUCUGCUGCACUGUAAGUUCUGCGUCGGGCAAAUCAACAGGUCGCCGCCCCCCGCUCCCCCAUGUGGCUCCUGGAUAAGCUCCGCGGCUCGGUGGACGGCCACUCGGGCCGGCACCACAACGGCACGCAGGCCGCCGACCGGCAGGACAGGACGCCAGCCGCCCCCUACAGCAACGUGCUCACGCCCGACAAGAUCCCAGACUUCUUCAUCCCGCCCAAGCUGGUCUGCUGCCCGCCAGAGGCCGAGACGCCCGAGCCGCAGCCGCGUAGCGCCACCCUGAGGCCGUCCGCGUCGGAGCAGGUCAUCUGCAACAAGACGCCCAAGAGCAGCGGCUCGCGCAGCCCGCGGCUCCUCAACCGGCUGGCGGGGGACACCAAGAGCCUUCUGAAGGCCGCCAACAGACACAUCAUACAGGUGGAGAGUGCGGACGAGCUGGCGGCGCCAGAGGGAAGUGACGUCACCACCAACGCCGACCCCCACUCCCAGACGGCCAUGUCGCUGCCGUACGUCCCCAAGGCCCAGACGUCGUACGGCUUCACCACGCUGAUGGAGAGCCCGCACACGCGCCGCAAGGAGUCCCUCUUCCACAGCGACCCCACCAGCCCGCUCACCUCGCCCAACGCGCAGCGCCGCUCGGCGGGCCAGCAGGGCACGCAGGGCACGCACCUGAACCCCAGCGACUGCGGCGGCGCGGGCGGCCACGGCCACAACCCGUACCGCUACUUCAGCGGCGGCGAGAGCGACACCUGCUCCUCGGCCGACUCCUCCCCCUUCAACUCGCCGCUGCUGUCGCGCUCUGCCUCGCUGCUCAAGAUGUUCACGGCGGACGCCACGUCCAAGGUGGUGACGCGCGCCAAGCGCUCCUUCGCCCGCCACAGCUCGCUGUCCACGGACGAGUGCAGCUCCGUGGAGACCAGCCCCAACGUGCCGCGCCGCUUCCGCUGCCCGCCCUCGCCCGCGUUCGGCGGCGGCCGCAAGUCGGGCGGCACCUCGGAGCGGCUGACGCAGCACACGGUGAACCUGCACAAGGGCGGCACGCUGCGGCUGUGCACGGACUACGACGUGGAGGCGGCGCGCCUGCGCGUGCGUCUGCUGGCGGCGGAGGACCUGUACGAGCAGCAGGUGGACGUCAAGAGCAUCAACUGCUGCGUCACGCUGUACCUGCAGCCCGGCAAGCUGCAGAAGCAGCGCAGCACCAUCAUCAAGAACAGCCGCAACCCCGUCUUCAACGAGGACUUCUUCUUCGACUCGCUGCCCGUCACACAGGUGAAGAGCCUGGCCAUCAAGAUGAAGGUGGUCAACAAGGGCACCAGCCUGAAGAGAGAUGUGCUACUGGGGGAGCGCUCCGUGCCCCUCAGGGAGCUACUCGCCGGACUCUAG